AAGUAGUUACCAAGAGGUCCAGGGAAGAUGAUCUGCUGAAUGCUGGUAGCAGGCUAGCAGCUAUUGUUAAUGAAAAGAAGAAUCAGGCGACCGUAACACAAGUUCUUUGUGAGAAUUGAUCAGGAGGGACUGACUGACUCUAGAAUUGCUACCAAGAGUUGAUAAAAUAUUAUUAUUUGGCCCGUUCGACUUGAGCUAAACACUCUAAGUGAAUAAGAGGGUCUUUGAGGCUUUUGUUUUAGGCCCUAGUCGGACAUAUUGGAGUAGUGAAGCAAAGAAGCAAGCAAGAGCAUAGUACACUUUCCUCCUUUGACGCAGGUAGAACAACUCCAUCACUCACAAAGCUUAGACCUUUACUUACGUAAGUGCUUCCUCACCUCUCUCUGUCUCUUUCUCAGUCGUCUUCACCCUCGAGUUGUUGGUUGGACAAUGAAGAAGGGAAUACAUCCACAGAUGCAAUGGAUCUCUUAUGUGACACAGAGCGGUAGAUUGAUGCACGUCAUGAUGACAAGGAUCCACCAUGUUGGCAAAGUCUAUCACUUUGGCGCUAAGCGUCAGUUGGCUCAAAGCAUUGGCCAGAUUGCCAAGUUCAAGCGUAGGUUUAACGAGCAAGAGGAAGAACCUUCCCAUGACAAUAACAUCGACAACCAGAACAAGUAACUGCCUACUCCAACUCUUCUUCUCUCUUUCCUUUCCUCAAAAACCAAAUUUGAACAAGGCUGAAGACUUUGCACUUUUGCUCAAGGCACUAUGAACCUUGCUUUUGUUUCUUCUGAUUGAUUUUCACAGUUCUUGAGUCGCACUGUUUCAUCAAUAAAAAAAUUAUUAUUGUUCUUUGA